GCCUCCCGAAUGAGGUUAGAGAGAGAGUUGAAGAUGCAACGUGAGAGGGAAAGAAAAGCAGCCAGAAUUGCAUUAGAGAAGAUGGGAAAAACAGUCUAUUUCAACGAGAAUCGAGAUAUUAUGGAGUUUGAAGCAAUAAUUGGAGGCAUCAGCAUUGGUAACUUGAGAAACUCUCUGGAACAGCUUGGGUUAUACAUAAAGGAUGAUUACAUGGAAAAAGAUGAAGUGGAGGCAAUUCAGCAAGGAGAAGAGGGGGAAAUUCUUUCGUAAUCCUAGCUGCAUAUAUGUGAGGUGUUAAUUGUAAAUUAGUAUUCGUUUUGUGGGCUGUUAGGGAACGAAAGGCAAGAUCUCUAAUUAGUCAAUCAAACAUUGUAAGUACCACUAGUGCAUAUUUUUUGUAGAUGCAGUCCAACAAAGAUUCAGUACAACUUGUGAAUAAUUUUUUGUGUAUUUAGAAUUUGUCUUGUAAAUCCGUAUGUCCAGCAUGGUGCUGCCAUUGGAUUGAAAAAGCAAUGUUAUGCCCGUAGGAUGGUAGCAAUUUACCUUUUUUUU